AUGCGUUUCCUCAGUACCCUGGGCUCCGGUCUCCUGGCCCUCUGUGCCACGGCGCAAGCUGCGUCGCUCCAGCAGAUCACCAACUUUGGCGCGAACCCUUCGAAUGCCAAAAUGUACAUCUACGUCCCUGACAAUGUCGUCGCCACGCCUCCCAUUGUCGUCGCCGUCCACUACUGCUCGGGCACUGCGCAAGCCUACUUCAGCGGCACGCCGUACCGCCAGCUUGCCGACCAGCACGGCUUCAUUGUCAUUUACCCCGAGAGCCCCUACAGCGGAACCUGCUGGGACGUCUCAUCGCCGGCGUCGCUGACGUAUGAAGGCGGCGGCAACAGCAAUGCCAUUGCCAACAUGGUUCGCUGGACGUUGAGCCAGCACAACGGCGACGCCGCCCGUGUGUUCGUGACCGGCACCUCCUCGGGUGCCAUGAUGACCAACGUCCUCGCCGCCACGUACCCGGACAUGUUCGCCGCCGGCAUCGCCUACGCCGGUGUGCCCGCCGGCUGCUUCUACACCGGCACCGUCAACGGCUGGAACUCGACCUGCUCGCAGGGCAAUGCCGUCUUCUCCGCCGAGUUGUGGGCGCAGACGGCCCGCAACAUGCGACCCGGCUACACCGGCCCGCGCCCCAAGAUGCAAAUCUACCACGGCGCCCUCGACACGACCCUCUACCCGCGCAACUACAACGAGACGAUCAAGCAGUGGAGCGCCGUCUUUGGCUACCCUGGCACCCCCGUGUCCGUCGGUCCCGGCCCCAGCAGCCAGUUUGUGCGCGAGAUCUACGGCGACAGGCUCCAGGGCCUCUGGGGCGCUUCCGUCAGCCACAGCGUGCCCAUCCAGGGCGCCGAGGACAUGCGCUGGUUCGGCAUUGGCCAGGGCGGCACCAGCCCGCCGCCGCUGACCACCACCGUCCGGCCGCCCGCCACGACGACCACGAACGUCGCUGUGCCGCCGCCCGCUACGACGACGGCCGCGCCGCCUGGCGGUUGCUCGGCGGCGAGGUGGGGGCAGUGCGGCGGGCAGGGGUGGACGGGGUGCACCGUCUGCGCUUCGCCGUACACCUGCCGGGCUCAGAACCAGUGGUACUCGCAGUGUCUAUAG